UUUGUCAGUCAUGUCUGGUCGUGGCAAAGGCGGGAAGGGACUUGGUAAAGGCGGUGCCAAGCGGCAUCGGAAGGUGCUUCGGGAUAAUAUCCAGGGCAUUACUAAGCCUGCUAUCCGCCGCUUAGCUCGGCGUGGGGGUGUGAAGCGUAUUUCGGGGCUCAUCUACGAGGAGACUCGCGGAGUCCUGAAAGUUUUUCUGGAGAACGUGAUCCGGGACGCCGUCACUUACACCGAGCACGCCAAGAGAAAGACCGUCACAGCCAUGGACGUGGUCUACGCUCUGAAACGCCAGGGCCGCACUCUGUACGGUUUUGGCGGAUUGUGUCUCUGCUCCAUUCUGUCCUAUGAGAAGGGACCCGAAGCCCAGAGGAAGGCGGAGCCUCUGCUGCACUUCCCACCGCCCCCUCCUGGGCCACUUUCUGUUCUCAACGAGGUCGUUUCCUUGUGUUCGUUAGUCAUGUCUGGUCGUGGCAAAGGCGGGAAGGGACUUGGUAAAGGCGGUGCCAAGCGGCAUCGGAAGGUACUUCGGGACAACAUCCAGGGUAUUACCAAGCCUGCUAUCCGCCGUCUGGCUCGGCGUGGGGGUGUGAAGCGAAUUUCGGGGCUCAUCUACGAGGAGACUCGCGGAGUCCUGAAAGUGUUUCUGGAGAACGUGAUCCGGGACGCCGUCACUUACACCGAGCACGCCAAGAGAAAGACCGUCACGGCCAUGGACGUGGUCUACGCUCUCAAGCGCCAGGGCCGCACUCUGUACGGUUUUGGCGGCUAAACUUCUCCCUGUAGCGCGCAUUGCCCGCGCCUGCUCU